AAUUAUUUAAUAUGGCAACGAAAAAUGAUGAUGCUGUUCAAUAUAAUGGUGAAGAUUUGAAAUAAUUUAAUUUCCCUAACAAAUUUGAUCAUCGACAAAGUGCUGUUCCUGGAAAUCCUUGUUAUAAUUUCAGAUUCAGAAUUUUUAUUUUUUUUACUUACAUUGUUAUUACUCAAUUAGGUGAAAUUUUUGGUACUCCAAGUGAUAAUGUUGAUGGUAUAUGGGAUUGGGGACAUUUAUUGACUACUCCUGUCAAUAAAUUAUAUCAAGAUCAUAGAUGGUAUUAAACUUUAAAUUAUUUUAGGUUCUCUGCUAUGAUGUAGAUUUCAUCAGCAUUUAUUUUAGAUUUUGCAUUUUUUUAUGUCUCAUUAUAUUGGGUUUUAUAUGAAAGAAAUUUUAGAUUAUUUGCAGUUCUUAUAUUAUUCUAUGCAAUAAGAGCAGUUCAUUUAAAUAUAUUCAAAUUAGAAUAUUCACCUAACUAUUAUUGGGAAGAUCCUUUAGUACCAAGUUUAGUUGUUAAAUAUGGAAAAUAUUCAGAUUUUUUUUAUUCAGUACAUAUAUUCAAAUAAUCUAAGGGACAUGUUGGCUUUUUAACAAUUUGUGCUCUCGAAAUGAAAAAAGUUGGUAAAAACUAUAUGGCACUUUUUUUCUUCAUAUGUUCAAUCUUUUAAGCCUUUAUUGUGAUUUCUUUUGCAAUUCAUUAUACUAUUGAUGUAAUCUUAUAUAUUAAUCAUAGGUACCAGGAGGAUACAUUUUUUCCCAUUACUUUUUCAAUAUGGUCUGUUAUUGGGAGGCUAAAAUCGAUUUUAUCCUUAAAAGAAUGGCUGAUUGUUUCUCUAGAACAAAUAAAACAAUUAGAAUUGAUUAUGAAAAUGAUACUGAUAAAUAGCAACCAACUGCAAUUUGAACAUCA